AUAUCAGUUGAUCUCUCACCGUUAUUUCCAUCCAACUGACCAGCUUUAGGUAGAUUCCCCUCGUGGCUUUUAAAUCUUGUAAGCAACUUGCAUGCAUUGCAUUGCAUGCUUAUAAAUAACUCCCCUCAUUCGAAGGCUUUGCAAGGCUUCCUUUGGAUUCGAACUAUUUGGUACGAUAUUUAUCUCGAAACUUGAAAGGGAAGCACACACAGACAAAUGGCUAUUGAAAGGGGAAAUUUCGACCUCACAGGACCCAAACAGCUCACUGAAGUUGACUGGACAAAUAAUCAUCACCGUCGGGCAGUUGUUGCGAGCCUGGUUGAGGGAGCAUACAAUUUAGAAUAUGAUCGCCAGGAAUCCCGAGAUCCCCAAGUUCAGUCUUCCCGUUGGUGGAACUUCUUUCAUUUUCAGUUAAAACGUGCGCUCGUAGAUGAUAAAGAUUCAUCCAUCUACGGUGCCGUUUAUGAAAUCAAGCACACACACCUUAACCAUUUGCCAAAAUGUGCCCCAAAGUAUGUUAUCGCCUUUCGUGGCACAAUCCUCAAACUGAGCACCGCAAAACGCGAUCUCAAGUUGAAUAUCAAGGUCUUGACUGAUGUACUUCACAUGGACAGACACCGCUUUAAACCCGCACUGGAAGCUGUCCAACAAGUUGUUCAAGAAGCCGGGUCUGCAAAUAUUUGGUUAGCAGGACAUUCCCUCGGGUCAUCCAUUGCGAUGAUGGUUGGAAAAUCCAUGGCCCAGGAGGGUAAAUGUAUGGAGGCUUUCCUUUUCAAUCCACCUCUCUUGGGGAAUGUCCUCUUGAAGAUUAUCGGCAAUCAAUAUUUGCACGAUGCAAUGCGCUUGACAGAGACUUCGUGUAAUUUUGGGACCUUAUUUGUUGGAGGUGGUCAUGUGAGGCAGGGACAAUAUGACCAAUUUAAUGCAUUGUCUUCUUGGAUCCCCAACCUGUUUGUGAACCGACACGAUCCUAUUUGCUCAGAGUAUAUAGGGCAUUUUAGAAAUAGGAACAAAGUGGAGAAGCAGUUUGGAGCUGGGAUGAUAGGGAGGGUUGCUGUACUGCAGCCAACAUUGGGUGUAUUAAAAGCUGCAGUUGGGAUGGAUCCACAACCAUCCACACAGCUACUUCCUAAAGCAUAUCUAACCAUUAGCGAGAGCUCAUCCUCAUGCAGUAUUUUGGAGGCUCAUGGAGUAAGACAAUGGUGGUAUCACAUGUCUCUAGGGCCAGCCUUUGCAGAUUUAUUAAGAAAGAAAUCAAUAAGUGAUCCUGUCCUCAUGGGUGGACCAUGAGCACACUCAAUGAGUAUUGAUGGAAUAAUCGGGUGCUUGAACCGAUAUAAUAAAUAAAGAAUAGAUACCAAGUGAAAGGGUGAAACCUUUUGCCGAGACUAUUCAAGUUGUAAUCUUAAAUUUUAAUGUCUUCUGCAAUUUAGUUCUGCUCAUGGUAUGUGAAAUAAUAAUUAGUGCAAUUUCAAACUUUCUA